AAAAUUCAACCCCGCAGAGCCCUGACUGGGAAGGCAGAAGUGAGUAGGCGAGGCUGAAGUGUAACUUUUGGGAGGCUGCUUAGUUAUCUUGCACCCGUGCGGUUAUAGGCGCACCGCUACAUCAGCGUGCUGUGGCGAUCCCUGAGGAAUCUGCGAUGGCCAAAUUACACUGACGGCGCAGGAUCCCUCUCCUAAGGCUCGUUGUGCGCUCCCCCAGCUGUGCCAGACCUCGGACCUUCAGGAGGCAAAGCCUCGCUGUUUUCUCUUUCCCGAGGCCAGACAGUCAAUUAGGUUCCCAUGCAGCAAGGCACAGAUUGCACUAGUCAUAGGAUUGCUGUAAACUUUCCUGGUUUCCGCCCAGAGUUGGAGAACAACAAUGAAAACUGAACAGCAUCACAUUUUGCAGACUGCUUUUUCUGCCUCAAGUACAUGAAUUAGAAACUGACCACUGUGUUUUAAUCCAGUUUGCUGCUGUUUACUCAUUUUCUCACCUAAAGUGGGUGACCUAAGUGCUGUGGUUUUGUUUAUAAACAGAAUACGGUUAAAACAGUGGAUGUUUAGGUGUUCUUUACCUUAAUAUAAUAAAUUUUCUUAUUAUGGGAAGGUAAAUACCAUAGAAGUCCUAAGUAUUUCAUGGUAUAGUAAGUGUCUUUAAAAACAAUGACUGAAAAGCUGGUAAGAUAAGAACUUCCUAACAUACACCUAAGUCUUCACAGUCUGGAGAAGUAUUUUCCCCGUCCCUUUCAUGGUGAAUCUGUCUCUCCACAGGUUUCCAGUUUAAUACAAUUACCAAAAAAAUCUUAAUAUCUUUAGAAGUUUAUUUCUGACUAAACUGUGUUAUAUACCCAAUCUUUUAUGGUAGUGAAAGGAGGUUGGUGUAGGGAGAAAAAGGCCAUGCAGCAGAGGAAAAUAAGUGUGAUAUACAGGUGGUUUUAUUUUUUGUAAAGAUGGAAAUAGUCAUGGUGAAGGAUCUAGAGGGAGGGGUAGAUAGCAAUUUCGGCUAAUUGGUAAAGAGAUACUGGCAGCAGCAAACAGCCAAACAGGAAACAUUUGAGCUGCAUUUCUGAAGGCAUUAUAUUACAGAGAAGGAAGAUAAUAUUUUUUAUAUUGCUCUAGCAUAUCUCCCCAGUGUUAUCAGCCUUUUCUGGAACCCACAAAGCACAGUCUUGGUAAGAUACUGACAAUACAGAACGUGGUGAAGCCAAGUGUGAUAGAAAAUUGAGGGGCUUAAGAAAGAUCAAGACUGAGGACAACUUGAUAAAGGGGCUAACGUGAUCUCAGAAAUCCUAAGGUCUGUGAGAAUUGAAGGAUUUCAAAUCAAAAUGUGAAACAAAGCUGUAUAUGAAGUACAAGUACGAUUAGCUCAAUUUAGUUCAGAGUUCAGCAGUGAAGAGAAGGAGAUCACAAUGAGCUCUUUUGCAGAAUAGUCUUAAUUUGGAAGCAAUAUUGAACUUGUGGGUAAAAAUAUCUUUGCUCUUGAUAAUUAAUUUUAUAUUCAGUUUGCCACUGGCAAGGUAGGAAUUCAGAGCUAAUUUUUUUUUUUUUCAUCUCUAAUAUGUCCGUUUCAAAUUCCUUAGCAUUGCUUAGCUAAUAUAUACUAAGUGUGUACUAUUUCCUCCUGUGGAUGACAAUGAAGAUCAGUCCCCAAGUACAGCUGUUGAUUUAAUGUGAAAUAUACUUAUCAUUGGGUCAAUUUAAAACUUUGGAAAACUCUAGGAUUGCCUAUAUUGAACAACUGGUUCAAAGCUUGGGUUUUCUUCAUGCAUGUGUUUAGUGAGUAGUUUCUUCAAAGGCUCCAUUUACCUCACUUUGCCACUCUUCUGAAGGAUUGUAGAUAAUUGUCCUGGGGACAGUUCAGGAAUCCAUGGGACAAAAAGGGUGUGUUUGUCAUAAAUCCUAAUGCUGCCUUCUUGUACUGCCACUCCCUCAGGUGAGGGAGACUGAAAGCAGGACAAUCUUUUUGCCUGGUUUUUUUUUUUUUUUUUGUUUUUUUUUCAUUUGUUUGGGGUUUUUUUGUUGGUUGGUUUUUGUUUGGGUUUGUUUGACUGGGUUUUUUUUCCCUAGGGAAAAGUCUUAUCCAUCUUGUUGAACAUUUUUCUAUUAAAGAGAUGAUAGUUUUUUCAUGCACAGCAUAAAUCGUUCACUUGCCUAAACAUAAAACAUUGAAACCAUGACCUUGUAAGCAUCUUUUUAUUUGCCAGAGAUUCAUAGUCUGUUGCAGCGCAGAAGUCAAGCUCUCAAGCAAUCCCCUUCUGAAAUCCUUGAUGAUCCAAAUGAUACAACCUUGCUGCUGCAGUAACAGUCAUUCAAGUCUCCCCUGUGCCGCAGGAGCUAAAAUAUAACCCCUGACUAAUGUUUGUGAAGUAGUGGCAACUUGAACAAUUGGAAUUUCCAUUACUUGUUUCCUUCCACCUUAAUUUAGCCUUGCCGCUAGUGGCUUUUAUUUCAUUCACUUCCCGUGUGUGCGCUCCCGAGCGCGCAGCUGCGGCUCUCCCAGCGCCAGCUCACUGGAAUACGCGCGGCACGGUCUCCCAGCGCGUGUGAAUUGUUUCCUGCUGUACCAUCUCUGCUGGGCUUGGGCAAGGACAGCUCUGCUCGGGCUCACAGGCGUUUGCUGGAGGUGGUGGCGCUCUCCUGUGCCUGGUGCCCAUCCAGCUUCCUCACAACUGUUCCCAUCAGUCAGCUGGGAAUAGCCUGGGGCAGGAGGGGGGGUGCCUGGGGAGCUCUGGAAAAUCCUCUGGUUUGAUAUGUGUGGAGAAAAUGUCACCCUGAGCCUGGAAUAUGUUUUUUGUUUAAAUGUCACCCCUUACAUCAGUGACCUCAUCUGACUCAGCAUAGCUUCUCUCUGAAGGGAGGGAGCUUUAAGCAAGUCAUGGAUUUUGACGUAGCCAGAGAAUGUAGGGAAGAAGGCGCACCAUGAGAAACAAAAUCUGAGCAAACAAAACUUAUUUUUGAAACAGACUAGCAGGCAAUUAUGUAAAGCAACUUAAAACCUAAUCUAAACAUCAGAAGCCUCUGAAAAAGAAGGAAAUUGACAGUUCUGUACACACAGUUUAUUUCAGCCUCUGGUUUCCCAGGAGGUUUUGCCGAGGUUUGUGCUGGUAGCUGUGGCGACGCUGUACCUGCUUCACUGAUGUCUCACCUUUGAAAACAGGGCAGGGCUGAAGCAGCCAUCUGGGUGAAUCACCAGCCUUGUUAUUCAGAGGCUGAUUGUACUGAAAGUCUGUAGAAGGUGAAACCUGUGCUAAGGGUGUCCCUAACAAAUGGACCUGUGACUACAGCAUGAGCUUCUGUAGCGUUUUAACUUCAUUAUUAGGAGCAGAGCUUUCUUCAGACAGGCAGGGGGGAUACAGACACUCACUCUCACUCUAAGAGAGGCUUAGAGCGAGAAAAUUCUGGAAUAUUCUUUUUCUGAAUUGCACCUGAUAGGGAUAGUGCAGAUGCAUGAAAGAGCUGUGGUCCUGGUGUGUUGAAGGGGAAUGUUGGCCGGGACACUGGCAGAUCCUCUACACUUUCCUUUUAAAAAUGCCAAGCUAUGCUGAACAUCCGUGCAGACAUGGACAGAAACCAAAGGAGUAGGAACAAGUGACCUCAGUUUAACAUUUCAUUCAAAUGACAGAGACCCGAAUGCGAUGCCCGCUCUCGUUUCUUAGCUCACCACUCAGCCUGGAGGAUCUCUCAGAUCCUUUCAGAUGUCCUGAUAAGAAAAUAGCAUGUUAGAGAUGUGAAAGUAGGACAGAAGCACACAGUGUUUGAUUCAACAACAUCUCUGUUUCUCAGUGCUUAGCUCUCUUCAGUGUAUUGUGUGGUUUUAUUCUGUUCUGAGUUUUGCUUCUCCCCCUUUUCUGUUUUUGACACAAAUAACUGAAGAUUUAGGUAUGGGAAGGUAACAUGCACAGAAUUUUAAGUCCAUAAAACUGUGGGCUUUCUUCUAAUAUUUGUGUGUUACUGUCUUUAGUAGUGAAGCAAUGACUUGUUAUGUUUAUCCUACUCCUGCUUUGAUUCUGUUCUCCUGAACUCUUGAAAUGGAGCCAAGAAAGGGCACUAAAACCAGCAGUGAAUUCCUAGGAAAAGUAAAAGUACAAGGAGAAUACGAUUUCAAACUUUUGUGUGUGCAUGUGGCUUUCAAAAAAAAAAUAAUCAGUACUAGAUAAACUGGCAGGCUAGGAAACUCUGCCAUUUUAAGUCCAACAAGUCCAUUUUGCCUCCCUUCAAAUAAUUAUCCAAACAUCAGUGGUUCUGGACUCACAGAGCACAGGUUAUGUAUACUGUGAAUGUAAAUGUACCUUUGAGGUAUUUGUGAGACAUCAAAACCCUGCUUUGUUCUCAAGCUCUAUCUUGCUAUUUGCUUUCAUUUUGGUUGGGGCCAGUUCCACUGGCUUAGUGCAACUUUUAUUUAAAUCUGAGUGAAUUGCUGUGGUUUAAUGUGGACCUCUGGCUAAAACAGAAGGUUGUAUGGUUUAGUAUAGUGCCUAUGCAGAGAUUACUUAUUCCCUCGUACAAAUGGCUUUUCUGGCACUGUGAAUGCUAGACAGAAACUUUUAUUGCUUCGUGGUUUUGAAAAUUAUUGACCAUCUCUUUAGACAAAGACUGAGUUCCUGGUAGUGUUUGCUCUCUGCUGUUUUGUAAUCAGAUAUUUGUCAUGUUUUAAGGUAGGUGUAUUGGCAGGGUGGUCAAUGUUCAAGCUGAGCUGCCUCACUCCAGUGCAUUGUGUGGGCUUGCUUGUCUUUUUGAUUAUCAAAGUAGAACCCAUGUUUGAGGGACAUUUUCCCCUCCUUUUUAAUAUAAUGGCAAUUUCUUUCUAACCAGAGGAUAGAGGAGGAUAAAUGCUGCAAAGAUACAGAAGAGGGGUUCUGGAGGUCCUGCACAAAUUGAUGACUUGAAAGGGUGCCCUGUUGCUGCCUGUGGAAGUGGUACAACAUGGCUUACAGUGUGACUCUGAAUGGACCUGGACCCUGGGGCUUCCGACUGCAAGGGGGCAAGGACUUCAACAUGCCCCUGACCAUCUCCAGAAUCACCCCUGGCAGCAAGGCAGCACAGUCACAGAUGAACCCAGGGGACCUUGUCGUGGCCAUUGAUGGAGUCAACACUGACAGCAUGACCCACCUGGAGGCCCAGAACAAGAUCAAAUCAGCCAGCCACAACCUGAGCCUCACUCUGCAGAAAUCUAAACGUCCAGUGCCAGUUUCAACCACAGCUCCCAGAAUUGACUCUCCCAGGGCUGUAAUUCCCCAUCAGAAGGAACCUGCUUGGGAAAUCAAUGGCAACAGAACAACCUUCAGCCCUCUAACUAACACGGCGACUGGGCCUGUGGGUAGUGUUUUAGCAACCAAUGGAACCUUUUCAGGCUACCUCAACCAGCAAGAGAUCAGCCUUUCAAAUAGCUCUUCCUACCAAAAGACUACCACAGUUAGAUCUUCCAUGUCCUCUCAGUCUGUGACUCCUGACAUUUCACCUGCCAAGAGCUCGUUAGGUUCCAAAGCAAGCCCUGCUUGGGCUGGUGGCAGUAGCCCCGCUCACCAGCUGAGCCCUGCAAGGCAGUAUAACAACCCCAUUGGCCUUUACUCGGCAGAGACCCUGAGGGAAAUGGCUGAGAUGCAUAAAUUGAGUCUCAACCGAAGGGCUUCGGAAGGUGGACUUCCUAGAGGUGCCCUCCCUAUAAAGGAUCCUCACGUAGACAGUGCCUCUCCAGUGUAUCAGGCUGUGCUUAAAACCCAGAACAAGCCUGAGGAUGACAGUGAGGACUGGAGCCGUCGCUCUGCCAACCUGCAGUCCAAGUCCUUCCGUAUCCUUGCCCAGAUGACUGGAACUGAGUACAUGCAAGAUCCAGAUGAAGAAGCUCUGAGGAGGUCAAGAGACAAGGAAAACCUUGCAGCAGCAUCAGAAAACAGUACCCCUGUUGAGCAUGCCCCGGUGGCUCCCAGUUCUGCUGCUCCUGCACCACAUGCUUCAGCACCUCAGCCUGCUCCUGCUGCUCCAAGCACAGCCAGCCUGAUGGCAGCACCAGCCACCACCUCAGUAGUGCAAGAGGCUUUCUCAUCCUCCUUCCAAAGUUUCAACCGGCAUUCUUCCACCUCCAUCACCUACCAGUCAAAGCAGAGAAACACAACCCAGUCAUAUACACCAAUGCCAGUUUCUGGAGGCUACAGCGAAAGUCCUGCUCCUUCUGCCGCUUCAAAAACGAGAGUUGUUACUACUGCCAGCAUAAAGCCCUCUGUCUACCAGCCAGCACCAGCACCAGUUCAUUCCUACACCCCUGCCAACACGGAGCCUGCGAGUCGCCCCCCCUGGGUAACAGAUGACUCCUUUUCCCAGAAAUUUGCACCUGGAAAAUCCACCACCACCGUCACAAAGCACAUCCUUCCAAGGGGUGCUCCGGUGCUGUCUCCUACCACAAUUCCUGCUUACCCGUCUCCAGUUUCACCUCCUUCCCAGCCCCCUGCCUUGGCCCGGGGAACAGUGCAGAGGGCGGAGCGUUUUCCAGCCAGCAGCCGAACUCCUCUCUGCGGGCACUGCAACAGCAUCAUUCGAGGUCCUUUCCUGGUAGCCAUGGGUCGCUCUUGGCACCCAGAAGAAUUCAAUUGUGCUUACUGCAAGACAUCCUUGGCUGACAUGUGCUUUGUGGAGGAGCAGAACAGUGUGUACUGUGAGCGCUGCUAUGAACAGUUCUUUGCACCAACCUGUGCCAGAUGCCACACUAAGAUUAUGGGGGAAGUGAUGCAUGCCCUAAGACAGACUUGGCACACAAGUUGCUUUGUCUGUGCUGCUUGUAAGAAGCCAUUUGGGAAUAGCCUGUUCCACAUGGAGGAUGGGGAGCCCUACUGUGAGAAAGAUUACAUUGCUUUGUUCAGCACAAAAUGUCAUGGCUGUGAUUAUCCUGUUGAAGCUGGAGAUAAAUUCAUUGAAGCUCUUGGACACACUUGGCAUGACACCUGCUUCAUUUGUGCUGUGUGCCAUGUGAAUUUGGAAGGUCAGCCAUUCUACUCCAAGAAGGACAAGCCCCUGUGCAAGAAGCAUGCCCAUGCCAUCAAUGUUUAGAAGAAGAGUUGUAGUCAGUAAUGCUGGGGUAAAACAGAUGACUAACUGGGCAAUCAUAAAGCUGAUAACCAUGGCUAGCACUUCUCUCGGUAAAAGCUAGACAUGGGUACUUCUCAAGUUUAACUUUAUCCUCUUUCAUAAAUGCAGAACGUGCUUUUUGUGAAGUUCAUACCAAAAACUAUGAGCAGUCAAAACCAUGAACUAGUCCAUUAUUAUAGCAACAGUUGGGGGAAAUAUUGAAAUUAACUAAAAGCAUGAUUAUAAAAAGUAAUGUGCAAAUAUAGUUUCAAGUUAACUACCCACAGCAGUUUUACUGCUUAGACCACACACUGGUGUUUAAAAACAACCGGAAAAAUACUUCUGUAUUAAGUCAUUUUCUUUCACAGCAAGAAUGAGUAAGUGCCAUAUGUACAGUCAUCUGUAGAACCAAAGGCCGUAGCUUUCAAAGGGAAAUAAAUAGAUUAGGGCUUCCUCUAGGAAAAGUGAGUGCUGUUCCACUAUCUUGUGGUGCUGCCUCAUAGCAUCAGCUAUUUUAGAUUCUUUCCAAAUAACAAGUCUGCCUUGAAUCCAUAUGUAGCUGGGAAGCCUAGGUGACAAUCCAUAACAGUUUGAAAAUAAAAUGGUUGGGUCAGCCUUGUUAGUGCACUUGGCUUCUAGGUGCACAGCAGAUAAUUCACUUUCAAAUGGUAAUGGAAAAGGACAACUGGCUUUCUCCAAAUUACUCUUACAUUGAAUGGAAUAGAGCUGACUGGAAAGGCCAGCUUUUAAUUCAAAACCAGUUUUCCUUUCCUCCUGUGGAAAAAAAAAAGAGAUUCAAUUUUGCUUUGGUUUCUAAUUCCCACUGAUACCAGAGGGAGGUAGGAACCUACAUCUGGACCUUCACAAUAGUAAACACAAAAGAAACACAUCCAUCUAGCACAGCUAGGUUGUGGGAGAUAGCUUGCAAAAAUUCCCUCCUCUAUCCCACAUAAAUAGGAAAAGGCUUUUUUUUCCUAUAGUAAAUGAAUGUGUAUCAAAAAUCCAUAAGGCAGCAGGCACAUUCUCCUUAUUCCUUUCCUUACUGUAAAUGCAGCACAUCAUGAAUUGUAGCAGUAUUUGCCAUUGGAAAACAGUAGCUAUGUUCCAACAAUUAGGAUUACUAUACAGUCAUCUUUUCUAAAAACCAUACAGUCAUCUAUCCUAAUCUCUUGAGAACAACUUUCAAGUUGUUCAGACAGUUACUUAUAAAACUCUUUUUUCAAAUAAGCAAUACUUAUAGUACUGAUAAUACUUUUGAAUUGUUGAAUAUCAGUGACUUUUAUAUGGGAGACAGCAGUUCUGUCUGAUGGAUUUAAGAUGGAAAGUCUGAUCACCAUUCAAGCUUUAUUAACUCAUUUAAGUGAGAAUUAUGAUGUGUGUGUUGACAGCUUGCAGUACUGACAGUUUUGAAUUAGUACUUCUGAGGCUGAGGAUGCUUUCUGUGGGCCACAUGCUGGUGCCAUCUGCACCUAUUUUACCUUGUGUUCUGAGUAGCAAAAAAUUACAUAAUAUUGUCUGUCGUGUCCCUCCCAUGGGUUAUGACCAUUUCAUUUGUGUGUCUUUUAAGGGAUGAAAAACUAUCUAAAGCUUGGGGAGGAAUAAAUGAAAUUUGGAGCUUUAAAAUAAGUGUUAAGUUAGCUGCAGGCAGUCUGCAUCUUGGACAAAAAUAACAACCUGAACUGCCUGUGGCAGUUUUGACAUGUAUGACCUGUAUUUAUUCAGUAGGUAUCUUAGUUUUCACUGAUCUUAGCAGUGAUCUGAUCCGAGUUGCUACAGGGUCAGAUUUUUGUAUGCAUGAAUUAUUCUAGAACACUAGUACAUUAUAUGCAAAGCCUUUUUCUUGUUUGUUUGUUUGUUUUGGGUUUUUUCUGUAAGCAAGCAAAUUUUCUGUUUUCAGUUGGUGCUGGGCUGGUGUGAAUAUGGUUCCAUAGAUUACAGAAUCCAAAGAUCUGGCUCAUAAUAUUCUCCAGAGGAAUAAAUCAUAAUUAUGGAAGUUAAAUAUUUUUUUCCACUCCUAUUUGACUUUGUUCAAUACAUAUUCAUAACAGUGAGAAAAUUCUACAUUUCCUUUUCAUUUUUCAGUGCCAUUCACAAAAUGCUUUUUAUUGUUAUCUCUUAUUUGAGAGAAUUCACAUCAGCAUACUCUAUACUGAGACUGCAUUGAAGAUAUUCUUUAGGCAGAUUUGUGUCAGUGUUGGCCACUGACUGGGACUAAUCUCUGACUGCAACAUCAGAAUAGGGAGUCAGGCUCCAUGGGAAGGCCUUGUGAUGGACACUUCAGGAGAAUUUCAUGAGGUCCUUCCCCUCUGAUCUGCAUGUGUUUAUUUGUGUGUGUCUCAUUCUCCCCUCCACCUCCCCUCAGUGUCUCUGUGAGCUCCCACAGUGCAUGUCAGAGCUGGGUGGGCAGGGAGGCUGGGCAGGGGCAGCAGGAUCACUGCAGUCAGGGAGAGGGCUUCAAGUAUGAAACCAGGGUACAAGGAGCUCCCACAGCCCAGAGAGAUGGUUUGGAUGUGUACAGAGGGGUGAGCAAGGAUCCAAUCUGGUACCUCUGAAGUCUGGACUGCAGGAGAGGGAACGCAGUGAAUGUGAGCAGAGCUGAGCUGGCUGGCAGGGUGGCAGCAGUGAAAGUGCAGCAGCACAGACUUCAGCGGGAGCUGUAGUGGCUUGAGAGAGAGAGUGCUGAAGAAUUCCUUGGGCAGAGAGCCUGCACUGUAGCACAUGCCCUGACUCCAGCUGGUGUCUGAGCAAGUGAGAUUAAAGCUAGUUUACAUAUGAGGUACAGCGAUAUCUCUGAGUGAAGAACAGAGAUACCCUGAGGAUUAUCAUGUUAUAAAACUUUCCUGUUAUGACUUGUGCUGCUUCAUAAUGUGGUCCAAAAAUAGGGAAUCCACGUACCUGCCCUUGAUAUCUAUAUUAAGAUAUAAUUUUUGCACAUAUCUGAACAAGGAAUUUGUGAAUAAUAAUGUAGCAUUUUAACUUUCACAGGGGUAGAAUACCACAUAACUGCUGAUACUCUUCUGCUACAUCACUUUGUGAUAUGAAGAGGGAAAAAUGCAUAUAUAUAUAAUAAUAUAUAUCUCUAAAAUUCAAAAUACAGCCUUUUAAUGAUCAUGGAAAAUAAUGUUGUACAAAAAUAUGCAAGAUGAAUAAUGUGUACUUGAUUAUGUUUUUAUGUCUUGUAAGAGAUGCCUGAGAUAAGUCCUAAGUUCUUCUGAAUAUUUCUUUUCAUUCUAAUUAAUGUGAGGUUUUACUCAAUAAAACAAAGAUACUGUACCUCUGAAUGAUCAAUUAAAAAUAUCAGUCUUUUGUCUAACUAAAAUGUGUUCAAUAACUUUUCAGUCAAAAGAUUCAAAAGAUUUUUUUAAUGCUUUUCUCUCUUUUGAUGUUCUUUUUGCAGAACAGGGCAAAGUAAAUGUUUCCAAAUGAAGCUACUUUUAUUAUCUGCACAAAAAACCCCCAGUCUUAGAACUUUUUUUCAUUAGUUUUCACUAUAUUGGAUUCACACAUUAUACAAUUCUCAAUACUAAAACCAAUUCAAAACAAGGAAAAAUAUUUUUCCAUUGCUCCUUCAGCGGUCAGUACUUUGGGUGAAAUGUUUGGCUGAAGAUUACUUGUAUUUAUGUUUAAUAAUGUGAAUGUCCACAGCACUGAACACGUUCAUUAGUGUCUAAUGCUGGGCACACUAAUGGUUUGUUUGCAAUACUCAUCUCCUGGUAGUGGAUAUUAAUUUGUUUAGUAUUUAUAAACAUCAGAAUUUGAAACUGAGUGAUUUAUUGCCUGCAGUGAUCAUAUAUUAGAAGUCUAGGUUUUAUAAGAUUUUGACAUGUUGACUUGAUGCCACAAGUGCCCUUGCUUUUAGAUUGAUAUUUUUUCCUGAGUUCCUAGUUAUUUCAGAACAGAAUGUCUGGUGGUUUAUGAGAUGUGAGUAAUUACCUUGCAUGGAUUAUCUGUGCCAACAUGAAUAAAACAGUCUAGUAAUAAAAGCAAUGUGCAAAACCAGUUAAAGCUUUAUGAUUUGGGUAUAUUUAUUAAUAUGCCAUGUGAGCAGCUGACAGCUUUCAGCCAUAUACUAUCAUUAAGAAAGCAUACCUAAGCUUGUACUCUCUACUUCAGACCUGAAAAUAAAAAUUAAAACUAUUGGUUUCAACUUUA